AUUCCAGGGGUCACUCAGCCUGGCAGCAGGAAGUGAAUUGCGGUCGCUGCAGUGACUCUGUCGCGGUGAAACCCGCGUUCCUUGCGAGACUCCGGGGCCUCGGCUGCUGCCGCUGGGGACCCAGAGCCCUGGCUGCAGGCGGGAGAGGAACAUUCCCGCUGCUCCCCGAGGGACUCUCCCAGUGCAGAGACCCCAGCCUGACCCGCCCCCCCCCUUACUGGGACCCAGAGCCCUGUUCCCAGGCAGAGCCCCACGUGGAGAGAAGAUGCUGGUGACCUUUGAGGAGGUGGCUGUGUAUUUCACUGAGGGGCAGGGGGCUUUGCUGGACCCUGGUCAGAGAGCCCUCUACAGGGAUGUCAUGCAGGCGAAUUAUGAGACUGUGACGUCACUGGGACUCCUCAUUCCCAAACCUGACCUGAUUGUCCUGUUGGAAGCAGGGGAAGAGCCGUGGGUCCCAGAUCUCCUGGCCUCCGAGGAAAGGAAGUUCUCAAGAGGCACCUGUACAGGUGAUGAGAUAACGAGUGAGAACGAGGACGGGAAUCUACUGCAAGUAUGUCCUGAACAAGUGGAACUGCAAGGGAUGUUACUGAAAAAAGGUGAAGGGAAUUUUUCCCAGUGCUUGGAACAGAGAAAAGGCUGGAGUAAUUGGCACAGGUCAGAGAGGAAGCUGGGAAACUGCCAAAGGAAUAAAGUGUAUGAAUCUAUUGGAUGUGGGGAAGGAGGCAAGGAUUCCAAAGAAACCACAGUUCAGCAGACAAGUGAGAAAGAAAAGAACCCCUAUAAAUGCUUGGACUGUGGGAAAAGCUUCAGUCAUCGCUCAAAUCUGACUAGACAUGGGAGAAUCCACACUGGAGAGAGACUUUAUAAAUGCUUAGACUGUGGGAAAAGCUUCAGUCGGAGCUCAAAUCUUAUUAGCCAUAGGAUAAUCCACACAGGAGAAAAACCCUAUAAAUGCUUGGACUGUGGGAAGAGCUUCAGUCAGCGCUCAGGCCUUAUUAACCAUGGCAGAAUCCACACUGGAGAGAACCCCUAUAAAUGCUUGGAUUGUGGAAAAAGCUUCAGUCAUCGCUCAAAUCUUAUUAGACAUGGGAAAAUCCACAUGAGAGAGAGACUUUAUAAAUGCUUGGACUGUGGGAAAAGCUUCAGUCGGAGUGCAAAUCUUAUUAGCCAUAGAAUAAUCCACAAUGGAGAGAAACCCUAUAAAUGCUUGGACUGUGGGAAGAAUUUCAAUCGGAGCUCAAAUCUUAUUAGCCAUAGGAUAAUCCACACUGGAGAGAAACCCUUUAAAUGCUUGGACUGUGGGAAGAGCUUCAGUCAGCGCUCAGGCCUCAUUAGCCACGGCAGAAUCCACAUGGGAGAGAACCCCUAUAAAUGCUUAGACUGUGGGAAAAGCUUCAGUCGAAGCUCAAAUCUUAUUAGCCAUAGGAUAAUCCACACUGGAGAGAAACCCUAUAAAUGCUUGGACUGUGGGAAGAGCUUCAGUCAGCGCUCAGGCCUUAUUAACCAUGGCAGAAUCCACACGAGCAAGAGCUCCUGUAAACGCGACUGUGGGAAGAGUAUCAAUCAAUGCUCAGGCCUUACUAGCCAUGAGAGAACCCACACAGAAGAGAGACCCUAUAAAUGCUUGGACUGUGGGAAAAGCUUCAGUCGGAGCUCAAAUCUUACAGCUCAUAGGAGACUGCACACGGGAGAGAGACCCUAUAUGUGUUUGGACUGUGGGAAAAGCUUCAGUCGGAAGGCACAUCUUAUUAGACAUGGGAGACUCCACACUGGUGAGAAACCCUAUAAAUCCAUGGUUCUCAAACUUUAACAACCCAAGGACACCCCUUUUGAUUUAAAAAUUUUCACGGA